GUAAAUCAAAACUCAUAUAACAAGAAAGGAAGAAAAAAAGAAAACAUGUCGUGGCAAACUUACGUAGAUGAGCACUUGAUGUGUGACAUCGAGGGCCAAAACCAGCACCUUACUGCCGCUGCUAUCAUCGGCCAUGACGGCAGUGUCUGGGCCAAGAGCGACAAGUUCCCGGACUUGAAGGGUAAUGAGAUAAGUGACAUCAUGAAAGACUUCGACUCACCGGGCCACCUUGCCCCGACCGGCUUACACCUCAGCGGCGUAAAGUAUAUGGUGAUCCAGGGUGAGCCCGGUGCUGUUAUCCGUGGCAAAAAGGGAUCGGGAGGGAUCACGAUCAAGAAAACGGCACAGGCGCUUAUAUUCGGGAUAUAUGAUGAACCAGUGACUCCAGGACAAUGCAACCUUAUUGUGGAGAGGCUGGGUGAUUAUCUUGCUGAUCAGGGCCUGUAGCGGACCUACCCAAUCAAUUUUUCUUUUCCUCG